AUGGCUGGAGGAGAAUUCUGCACAAAGAGUGCAUGCGGUGCCUGUAGAUGGCUCCAAAAAUACGGACGCGUUAAUGCAGAAUGCUUCAAACUUUUGAAAGAAAUGGGUGGAGAUUUUACAUCGGACCUAAUGCCCAUACAAUUUCCUGCUGAUCUAUACCUCUCUAUAAACAAAGCCACGGCCGAUGAUAAGAUCUCAUUCCUGUAUGAGGCCACAAAGCAGAUAGCGGAGCUGUUUGACAAGAAUGAGUCGAACGUGACCGAGGCUUGGGAUAAGACAAAACUGGACAACCUCCUCACUGUUCUCGACCGGCAGUCUACAAACCUUGAGGCUUGUGCUGCACAAACGCCUACAGGAAUGUUUGGAUUCAGAAAAAGACUGAGCCGGCACUUCCGCAAGUUGAACAAGUUCCUGAAAAAAAGGAAUUAUAGCCAGAGGUCAUGGGAGCUGAUCAGGAAAGAAGUGAACCAUCAUCUGCACAGACUGCUGUUCCUAGCCAACAAAGUGCCCACAGACUUCUGAGGCCAUGGCGUGCGGUGGACAUCCACUGCCCAAUGCUCUGUGUGGGCAUUCUGCAUUCUGAACAGACCUUCAAUCAAGCCGUAAAUCCUGACAGUUCCUCCUUCAGAUGAUUCCUUGUCAAAUGGACAAUUUUAGCCACGUAGACAUGCCUUAAAAAAAUAUAUAUUUAUUGUAUUUAUUUAAUUUAUUUAUUGUAUCAUUUAUUUAUUGAUAGGUUAUAUUUAUAUAUUUAUAUUUUGUACUUGACGAAUGACUGCAUUUUUGCCAAACAUUUUUAAAUUAGCUUUCUUUUUACCUAAAUGGACUUUUGUUACAAUAAAAAAACAUUUUUAUGAAAA